CUGCACAUGCCUGGGGCCACGUGCAUCUGUGGUGAUAUUCUUGGCAACACAUGCCUGAGGCCACGUGCAUCUGUGGCAGUGUUCUUGUUGGCAGCAGAAUGCCAGAACCAAUACAAUCCUGUGGUCUUCUGCAGCCAAAAUGACUUUCUAAAAAGGCUCAGUGACCAUUGGAAGCACUGAUCAACCUUAAUGAGGAGUGAAGGAGCCUAGGUAGAAGAGGAGGUCACAGAACUGCUCCGACUCUUAGCCAGUUCGGCAGGGGUACAGGAGCCUCCCGGCCAGGUGCUCUCCCUGAGGAAAUAUCACUGGGUCUAGGUCCUGAUAGAGGCUUAGGCCUUUCCCUCUCGAGACUGUCUGGGCUAGUGAAGAACCUGUCUCAGAGAGCAUGGUGUUUUGUGUGUCAGGCAUAGUGGUGUGGUGUCUGCAUGAGCAGAUGGGUGUUGGGUGGGGAGUUCCCCUGCACACUGUUCCUGGACCAUGUGCCCUAGCAGGGUGUGGGCUGGAUCCUUUCACUUCCCCAAAUGUAAUAAUACCCUGAGUGCAAAGUGGGGCGGGGCUUGGGCGGGGCUCUGCCCACCCUGGACAGGCUGGAGUCUGGCCAGGCUCUAGGGCCCCCCCUUGGCCUUGAGGGAGGCCAAUGGGGCGGGUUCUGAGUCUCACCUGGGCCAGGCCCGCCCUCACUGAUUUGACAUCCCCCUCCCACCCCUGCAGCUGGAUCUGCAGCCUCAGGCCAAGGUGCUGAUGUGUGUGCAGUAUUUCCUGGAGGAUGGGGGUAAGACCCCUAUCAGGGCAGGGACAAGCUCAUUUGCCAGAUUGCAAACAGUCUAUGCGUAGUGAGGAGGAGGCCAAGUUCCCAACCAUGAACCGCCGUGGAGCCAUUAAACAGGCCAAGAUCCACUACAUCAAGAACCAUGAAUUCAUUGCCACCUUCUUCGGGCAGCCCACCUUCUGUUCUGUGUGCAAAGAGUUUGUCUGGGGCCUCAACAAGCAAGGCUACAAGUGCAGGCAAUGCAACGCUGCCAUCCACAAGAAAUGCAUUGACAAGAUUAUCGGCCGCUGCACUGGCACUGCUACCAAUAGCCGGGACACCAUCUUCCAGAAAGAACGCUUCAACAUUGACAUGCCUCACCGAUUCAAGAUUUAUAACUACAUGAGCCCCACCUUCUGUGACCACUGUGGCAGUUUGCUUUGGGGACUUGUGAAGCAGGGAUUAAAGUGUGAAGAUUGUGGCAUGAAUGUGCACCACAAAUGCCGGGAGAAGGUGGCCAACCUGUGUGGUAUCAACCAAAAGCUCUUGGCUGAGGCCUUGAAUCAAGUGACCCAGAGAUCUUCCCGGAAGCUGGAUAAAACAGAGCCUGUCGGAAUAUACCAGGGAUUCGAGAGAAAGUCAGAAGUCUCUGAGAGUACCGACUCAGCAGACAGCGACACCUAUAGCAAGAUCUGGGAGGGGAGCACCUGGUGCACCCUUGAGAACUUCACCUUCCUAAAAGUACUCGGCAAAGGCAGCUUUGGCAAGGUACUGCUUGCAGAGCUGAAGGGCAAAGAAAGGUACUUUGCAAUCAAGUGCCUGAAGAAGGACGUGGUGUUGAUCGACGAUGAUGUAGAGUGCACCAUGGUGGAGAAGCGGGUGCUGGCGCUCGCCUGGGAGAAUCCCUUUCUCACCCACCUCAUCUGUACCUUCCAGACCAAGGAACACCUGUUCUUCGUGAUGGAGUUUCUCAAUGGGGGUGAUCUGAUGUUCCAUAUUCAGGACAAAGGCCGCUUCGAACUCUACCGGGCUACGUUUUAUGCAGCUGAAAUCAUCUGUGGACUGCAGUUUCUACAUAGCAAAGGCAUCAUUUACAGGGACCUCAAACUGGACAAUGUGAUGCUAGACAAGGAUGGCCACAUCAAGAUCGCUGAUUUUGGGAUGUGUAAAGAGAAUAUAUUUGGGGAGGGCCGGGCAAGCACAUUCUGUGGCACUCCUGACUACAUCGCCCCUGAGAUCCUGCAGGGCCUGAAGUACUCAUUCUCUGUGGACUGGUGGUCUUUUGGGGUCCUCCUCUAUGAGAUGCUCAUCGGCCAGUCCCCCUUCCACGGUGAUGAUGAGGAUGAACUCUUUGAGUCCAUCCGUGUGGACACACCACACUAUCCCCGUUGGAUCACCAAGGAAUCCAAGGACAUCAUGGAGAAGCUAUUCGAGAGGGACCCUGUCAAGAGGCUGGGAGUAACAGGAAACAUCAGGACUCACCCCUUUUUCAAGACUAUCAACUGGUCUCUGCUGGAGAAGCGGAAGGUGGAGCCACCUUUUAAGCCCAAAGUGAAAUGCCCUUCAGACUACAGCAACUUUGACCCAGAGUUCCUGAAUGAGAAACCCCAACUUUCCUUCAGUGACAAGAACCUCAUCGACUCUAUGGACCAGUCAGCCUUCCGAGGCUUCUCCUUUGUGAAUCCCAAAUUUGAGCAAUUCCUGGACAAUUGAGCUCCCAGACCUGCUUUAAGCGCCCCGGCAGAGUCGGCCCGUCUGCCCUGGUUUGCAUCUGCACUGCCCCUGGAGAACAGUGGGUGACUGGCUGAUCUCUGCUGCUGCCCUCUCUUCCUCAGAGAGUCCGGCUCCUGUUAGCUGCGCUCACAGUACUUCCUCUGUGAACUGUUUGUGAAUUUGCCUUCCCUUUGCCAUCAGAGGGAAACUGUAAAUCCUGUGUUUCAUUACUUGAAUGUAGUUAUUGAAAUAUAUAUUAUAUAUAUGCAUAUAUAUAUAAUAGGCUGUAUAUAUUGCUCAGUAUAGAAAUCACGUAGGAGACUGGUGAUGUGUUUUUUUAAAAAAACAUGUAUAUGUGUGUAUGUGUAUAUACACACAUAUACAUAUUUAUAUGUAUGUAUGUAUGUAUGUAUAUAUAUAUAUGACCAAAAGAAAAGAGCACAAGCUGUCUGAACCAUGGAUUCUUUUAUGUGUGUCUAAAUAAACAUUGAAUGCUACCAA